UACAAUUUUGAUGAAGUAAAAAACAUGUUAUCUCCGUAUUCCUCGUCGCGGGUUAUUUGGGACGGAGAAAAAGAUAAUGGAGUAAUUUAACAUAUCCACCUCCGAGGAAUGGCCGAAAUUUUUCAUGGCCUUGAGUUGCUGCUGCUGAAGAAGUUCGACAACAACCCAGAACAAUGGCGAGAGCUGAAGCAAAAAUUGGCAAACAAGGACAACGACGACCAGGAGUGUUAUACCUACAUAGAUCUACUCAUGAUGGGGAACAUUCCUCAGAGUAUGUGGUUUUUGUCAGUGGCCCUCCACAACAGACCAAAGUAUCUCCUACAACUCAUACUACAGGAUUUAGAUAGAGAGAAGUUAGGAAACAUCAGAAGGCCAGGAGAAACUUUGCUCAAGACCUACUUGAAUACGUACAACUUCACAGAGUUUCAUUUAGAUAGUAUUUUUAAGUAUGGUGAAGACAACACUUUGCCAAAAGAG